AUGACAACAUUUGGCGAAUACUGUAUUGGUGAUACACAAUGUGAUCCGGGAAAACAAUGUAUUCCGGAUUUAGGUGGACUAUUGCGCUGUCAACAAAUUCCAGAGCAAAUGUCUACUGCAUUAACGCCAAAACAAAUUAUAUGUCAAAAUGAUCCACAAUGUAAUGAUGUAUUUGGUAAAUGUACUGGUUGGCCUAUAUCCUGUCAGUAUAAAUCUCUUGAAUGGAAGAUUCCUGGUUCAGUAAAUGAUCAAUGUUACAACGAAGCUGAUUGUGCUCAGUACUUGCAUUGUAUCAAUAGAAAUGGCAUGAUGACUUGUCAAAUUAUUCCCGGAAUGCUACCAUACACAACAUGUCGAAGCGACGCGGAUUGCGGUAUAUUACAGACGUGUUCAUUCAGUAAACAGUAUAAUACUAAUUUAUGCUUUGCAUCACCUGAAUAUCGAACCGUUACGACAGUUCCAUUUUGGAGUAAUAACGUUGGGAGUGGUGUGAUUUCACGGAGUUUGAUAGAUAAUGGUGCUAUCCCAAAGGGUUUUGAAAAACAAUGCACUGCUGAUUAUCAGUGCACCGUUUUCGAAAUCUGUGCGGAAAGAAAUUUUCCAGGUAAGCGUAUUUGUAUUUACAACCCAACAACAAGCAAUCGACAAUGUCGUUUCAAUGCUGACUGCCAGCCUGGACAGCGCUGCGAGAAAGUUUUAGAGAAUCUUUAUUUGUGCAGUGCUGCAAAGCAGACGACAUUUAUGCAACCAUGCAAUUACGAUUAUGAAUGCUCGGGUGGUCAACGUUGCAUCAAUAUCAGUAACGAUGUCGCCUUUCAGCAAAACUUCCGAUAUUGUCUCUCGUUCAAUGAAAGACUAAGAUGUCAGGAUGAUAUGGAUUGCACGGAUGCAAAAACUUGCAGGGUUUUUGGGAAAUUCAAACAAUGUGUACCAGUAAUAUCCAGUCCACAUCUUACAUCCUAAAUAUCGAUGGAAUUAAAGAGUUAACGUACGUUUCAUAUUAUAUUAAAGAGCACAAAAG